AUGAAGAGUGCAUUAUUCGUUAUUUUGUUAAAAGUUAUUUUAAGUGCCUCGGUUAGGAAAGAAAUAUGUGAGCAAUGUCUUGCAAAAGAACAAUGUCCGUCGUUCACGAGUAUGAACAGACAGGAGCAAAUUACCUGGAACUUAAAGUUCCCUUGUGACGACCAACAGGAUAAAAAGAAUAACGUUUUUGGUUUCUCACAUGUUGCGAAAGGAGAUUUAGUAUGCUGUCAAAAUUCACAAGUAUGGGGUGUUAAUAACUUAGGUUCCAAUACUGUUAGUCCAGCCAUUGAUACAGAUACAAAAAACAAUAGCUCUGACCCCGCUAUUAAGCCUGAGUACGGAAACUUGUAUGACCAACCAAACAGAAGAAAUCCCUACUUAUAUGGAAAUCAAAAUGACCCAAAUAUGUAUGGAAAUCAACAGUAUCCGGACAACCCCUAUGGAGGACAACAGAAUUAUCCUAAUCAGAACAUGUACGGUAACCAAAAUAUGCCAAACAAUCAAAAUGGGUAUGGACAGCAACCGGGGUACGGUAAUCCAGGUCAUUUUGGUAAUCAGGGACGCUUUCCUGGGUAUUUAGGAAACCAAUUUCCUGACAACCAAAAUACUUUUGGCCAACCUGGUGGCUAUGAUCAAAAUGGUGGCUUUACGCCAAGUCAAAAUUUAUUUGGAGGUUUUCAAAAUCGUCCUUCACAGGCUUUAGGUGGCCAGUUCAAUAGACCUACAAACCAGUAUCCCUAUGGUGGACAGCAAAAUCGACCGAAUCCAAAUCUUUACACUAAUCCUCAGUAUGGCAAUAGACCAUCAUAUCCCGGUUCCAGUAUAAAUGGUUUUCCUUGGGGCAAUCAACGGAACCCAGGAUACCAAACAUACCCGCAUAGUCAUGUCCAACCAGGCAUAUUAAACCCAGGUCAAAAUAAUAUAACCCCAGGCUACCACAAUAAUCAACCGACUAAUAUUCCGGGCCAAGAACAACCUGGAACCUUCAAUCCAGGUUUAAAUAUACCUGGCAACGAAAAUAAUUUCGUACCUGAUUAUCAGAACCCACAAACGAAUAUAAUAAACCCUGGUAUUACGAAUCCUGGACUUCCAUCGGAAGGUAUCCAAAACAAUAUAGUGCCAGGAUACCAAAUCCCACAAUCCAAUAUACCCAAGCAACUGCAGCCUGGAUUAAAUACUGAAUUACCUUCAACAAUUAACGAAAAUCCUCCAUAUCAGUCCAAUCCAAAUGAAAAUCAAAACUCCUAUGGCAAUGAUCAUCAGGAUCAUAAUCCUAACUUAGAAGAACAGUGUAACAGAAUGAAGACAAGUUAUCCUCCGAGCCCUGAAACUGGUUGUUGUGGAAGAGAUAUGUCAGAUGCUGACAAAGUAACUGAUUUGCAGAGUUUGUUAAACAUGUUUGCACCGCCGAAACAGAACUCUUGGAAUCAGCCAAGAAACAACCAACGACAUCACAACCGACCGUCAACAUCAUGGCCCACUUACCAAAGAAGGAAACGUGCCACUCAAAAUGAUACUGAUCUAUCACUCGAUAAUAGAAUCGCAGGAGGCAGGGAAACAGAACUUGAUCAAUUCCCUUGGACAGUUCUCAUGAAGACUACUUUCGACUACGGGACUAAAAUUUCUGCGUUUAGCUGUGGAGGAUCACUUAUCAGUCGGCGAUAUGUACUUACAGCUGGACAUUGCGUUUUCGAACCUAAAGCCAGGAUCAGCGAUGUUGAAGUAACGUUAGCAGAGUAUGACAAACGAACAUUCCCAAUUGAUUGCAUCACAGUUUUCGGUGGUGGACGUGAAUGUGUCAAGAACGUCCUCAUGCACGCUGAAGACGUGAUCCACCAUCCAGAAUAUGACGACGAUCGACUUCUUAAUGACAUUGCUCUCGUGAGGCUUAAUGCAUUUGCACCAUAUACAAGAUAUAUAAGACCAGUCUGCCUUCCAAACAUCAACAUUGAUAUUCCGGAAUUUUCCAACCUGCCGCUCGCCGUCGCAGGCUGGGGUCGUGACCACCAGUACCUGACCGAUGUUAAACAGUCUACCGUAGUCCAAUUGGUACCACCUGAUGAUUGCAAGAAGUCCUAUCCUCAUCUGUCCAAGAAACAUCUCUGUGCUGCAGGAAGAACGGGACAGGACACAUGCAAGGGUGAUUCUGGAGGACCCCUCAUGAUGCUGUAUAAAGGCAGUUACUACAUCAUCGGUAUUGUUAGUGGCAAACGAGCUGACAGUCCUUGCGGAUCUAAAGUGCCAUCUCUUUAUACUAAUGUCUAUCAGUACAUCAGUUGGAUACAAAACACUAUUAGAGAAUAG